AAAGACACGAUUCACUCAACGUCUGUCUUUGCCUCUCCAGGCAGCGUUACAUCCCACCGCUGCCUGUGGCUUUUCCCCCCUUUCCACCUUUUUUUUUCCUACAGAGGGAUGCCGACUUGAGCUUCUUUUGAGAAAUCGAAGACCAAGAAUUAGCAUCUUGCUUCCAGUCCCCUUCACAACACCACACCACACCACAUCACAUCACAUCACACUGUACGCACAGAUCUCGACAAGAUGUCGUCUGAAAUCAUGGCGGCCUACUGGCAGGCGCCACCAAUGGCUAGGACAUUGGCGACGGCCAUUCUCGUUACUUCCAUCAUGGCCUAUUUUGGGCCAUUGCCGAUCAGCUGGAUCUACUUCGAUGAGAGCAGACUCUUCAAACUGCCGCCUGAGGUAUGGCGUCUUGUUACAUCUUUCCUGCUCAGCUCUCCGCAGCUGGGCAUUGUGUUGGAUCCGUACUUUGCCUAUCUGUACUUGAGCCAACUUGAAACCUCAAACCCCAAGUUCCAAAGGAAGGAAGACGUCCUUUGGUAUUUGAUUACUGUUGGUGGUUUCAUCAUUAUCGUAAACAGAAUCUUCCUGGGUGGGUAUUUUUUCCUCCAAGGAUUGAUCAUUGCGCUGUGCUACACUGCCGUUCAAGAUGCCCGCGGCGCGAAGUCGAACUUUUUCUUCUUCACGGUGCCUGCGCAGCUGAUUCCGUAUUGCAUGCUCCUCUCGUCGCUGCUCAUGAACCCCGCGGUGAUCCCUCUUCAAAUCACCGGUAUUCUUGCUGCUCACUGGCAUGACUUUAUGACCCGUCUGUGGCCCGAAUUCGGCGGCGGUUCGAGCCUGCUGCCGACGCCCGCUUUUCUGUCUCGUUUUGUCGAGACGCCGCGAGUGUUCCGCCGCGAGUACGGUACUGCCAUCCGUCCCGGUUCUGGCGCUCCGUCUACAGGUCGUACUACAGGUGCCUCCACCGGCUCGGUGCUCCCGGAUUCGUGGAGGACUCGGGGUUCAGGUCAUCGUCUGGGCGGUGAUUGAAAGUGGUUUCGCAUGAGAAGAGUUUGAAAUCAUGCGGAUAUGUGGUGGAGGGCACGGACAGAAUGGGUAGAUCGAUCCAGAUAGCAAUGAUA